GGAAGGAAACUACAAAUUGUAGAUAUUUGAACAUGUUAAAUGGUAAGAUAUCUUGUAAUUAGACAGAGAAAUAUUGUGUAAAUGUGUUUAGGGUGUGUUGAAUGCAGGGAAAUGACAACGAUCGUGACUGUAGUGAGGACGGACUUGUGGAAUUCGUGAAACUUAUGUCUGAAGGGUCCUGUGCAUUAGUUAUUCUGUAAAACAUAGAGAUGAAUAUGUCAUACCAGGUGACCUCCGCCGGGGGGAAUGGAAUUUCCAUGGGCAAUAUGAACGCAAUAACCAUCAACGCCCAACAGAUCGGGCAUAUCAGCUCGGGCAUGAUGAGCGACGAUCUCAGCGAACCAAGCUCUCCGGACAGCUCGUCGUUCGACGCCUCCGACCUACUCAGUACAUCAGUGCAAGACGAUGUCACAGCGCAGCUUGCUGCCGCAGGUCCUAUAGGAGUUGCAGCUGCAGCCGCCAUUGUUUCAAGCAAGAAACGAAAACAUCCACAUCAUUUUGAAACCAAUCCGUCCAAGAGAAAACGUCAACAAACACGACUGCUUCGGAAGCUGAAGGCCACCAUUGAUGAGUAUAACACACGGAUCGGACAGCAGGCAGUGGUUCUGUGUGUGACUCCAGGAAAGCUCAGUCAGUCCAUCAACGCCUUCAAAGUGUUCGGCUCCCAGCCACUAGAGGGAGUGAUGAGAAACAACAAGAGUAUGAUUGUCCAUGAACUAGAACAGUCUCUGAAUGAACAGGCCCCAACCAACCAGCCGGACACGUCAGGACUGCAUGAGUUACCCGCCCUUAACAUUGACGGAAUCCCCACCCCGGUAGAUAAAAUGACACAGGCCCAGUUGAGGAAUUUUAUCCCUGAAAUGUUGAAAUACUCCACUGGGCGGAGUAAGCCUGGCUGGGGUAAGGAGGAGUGUCGACCUCCAUGGUGGCCCUCUGAUCUACCCUGGCAAAACGUCCGGAGUGACGCCCGUACAGAUGAGGAAAAGAGAAAGGUGUCCUGGACUGAGGCUCUGAGGGCGAUUGUGAAGAACUGUUACAAACACCACGGGCGGGAGGACUUACUUCACGUGUUUAAUGAGGACAGCUCGGGCCCCUCCUCCCAGGCCCUCCCCCCAGCCCAGGCUUUUACCGGGACCAUGGUGCAGACAAUUAACAAUCCGGAUGGCACGGUGUCCUUCAUACAGAUCGACACCUCCCCCCAGUCUGUGGUCACGCUGGCUGAUGGCACACAGGCCACUGUUGUUCACGCUAUCCCAAACAUUGGACAACAAGAGGCCACCCAGGCGGUGCAGACCCUGGCAGACGCCGCAACUCACCACGACAUCAACCAGGGCCUAACCACACAACCCAUCACCAUGGAGAUGAACCCAGAUACAGGUCAAAUCACCACCCUUCCCAUCAGUCAAGGGCACCAAAUCAUUUUAGCAGAUGAUGCACAUAUUGGAGGAAUAGUUACAAUACCAGUAUCCAUGUACCAAUCAAUUACCGGGGCAACUGUUGGCAUGACAACUGGAAAUGAACCACAACAUGUACAGGUUGCCAUGACACCCAUAUCAACCAGUGGUACAACAGUAAAUUUCAAUGACAUUGUUAAAGUUCAAGGUCAGUCUGUAGAGGUUGCAAUGGAACAGAAUUCCACGGGGUCAUAGUUAAAGGACAUUCUAGGCAUCAUUUUACAACUUCAGUGGAGAUUCCUGCAUUGGAUGUAUUACAGAGAUGUUUUGAUGUGUUCAGUGUGUUGGUGAUAUGUAGAAGGACUGUUGCAGCUUGGUUCUUUUUGGGACGUUGGGUUUGCAAAACAUGUUAUAAUUUAUAAUCAAGCCAUUUGUAUUGAUAAUAGAGAUUUGUGUCUGUACAAUUCAAAAAAACAAACUAUGAUCUGGUCCCAGUAUCAUAAAACUGACUAUGUCAGAAUAUCAACCACAGUAAGUUGUUUGUUGACAGUAGAACAGAUUUCUGAUUCCUGUAUUUAAUUUUGAACUGUUUGACUGCUGUAGAAUUUUAGCACUGUGUAACAGAUUUUGACUAAAGUCUUAAAAUGUUUCAUGAAAUGUGUCAAGUGAAGAAUUUAAAGUUUAUGAAGUGAAAAAUCUUCUUCAGAUUGAAAAGGUAUUUUUCAUUUUUAAGUGAGGCUUUUUAAAGUGAAAUGGAAAAAAUCUUCAUAUUGAAAAAAAGGUAUUUUUUGUAUUUAAGAGAUUUUUCAUCAAGAUUUGAUAGAUUGAUACAUGCAUAUUAACGUAUUUUUUUAUAGAAAGAUUUUUAACAGAAAAAGCCCACAUCAAAUAUAUUUAAGUAUAAUCUUUGUUAUAGUAUAUAUUUUAAUGAUUGAUCAGUAUGAUCAAGAGAGUGGAAGCAAUAAGACAACAGACACACGGCCAAUAUAAGCCACCCCCACCCCCCAUGAUGACAGAUGAAGUAAAGAUAGAUGUUGUGAAGCAAGUUGUAAGACUCCCAGCUAUUUAUUGUAACCCAUUUUUAUGGUUACAGUACCAGUCAUGAUAAAUUAUUGUGCUAUUAUGUUGAACUUUAUUUUCCGUUUUAAGCAUAAACUGGGCCCCUUUCCUUGUUAAGGGGGGGAGUAUGGUAUUGUAAGUUUUACCUACUUACAUAUUUUUAUUAUUCUACAAAUGAACGCAUGAUAUAUGUUGAUAGAGAAGAGAGUUGUAAAAAAAGUACGUAUUCUCAUCUGUCUCCCUGUCUGCAGAAUACAAACUUAAGAGAAUUUGUUUAUUUUUACAAUAAAGUAUGUGAAACAUUC